AUGCUGCCUUACAUAGCCCUCCCCAGUGUCUUCUGGAUGCUUCUCUCUUGUCUGAUGCUUCCAUCCCAGGUCCAAGGUGCAGACCCACAGAUAAAGCAUGAGUCUGCACACAUCAAGUGUCCCAGAGGUUCCAGUGCCUAUGGUUCCUACUGCUAUGCCUUGUUUUUGACACCGAAAACCUGGAUCGAUGCAGAGAUGGACUGUCAGAGGCAGUCUUUAGGAAGUCUAGUAUCUGUGCUCCAUCAGAUGGAGGGAUCCUUUGUGGCUUCCUUGGUGAAUAGUGAUUCAAGCAACUUUGCAAAUGUUUGGAUUGGGCUUCAUGACCCUACACAGGGCUUGGAAGCCAAUGCCGGUGGAUGGGAGUGGAGUAACAGAGACAUAUUAAAUUAUUUUGCAUGGGAGAGAGAUCCCUCCACCUUCUCAAGACAUCACCACUGUGGGAUACUGUCACGAAGGACAGGAUUCCGGAAAUGGAAAGGUUAUAACUGUGAUCAAAGAUUACCCUACGUCUGCAUGUUCAAAGAUUAA